CUUUUAGGAAUACUUGACAUCUAUUAUAUUCCUCUUUUAUGAUUUAUAUAGCGUGUAGUCGUUCAGCUGAAAAGUAAAAGUCUUUAAAGCAUUGAAUGUUGGUAGGAUGAUUCGAAGGUUGACAGGAUUCAACACCCAUAAGGUAUCAUUUCUCAUCCCGAAAUGUAUGCUUUUUCAGCAAAACCAUGUGAACAUGAGUCGAAGUGUGCAAACUCGCUGGAAUAUGGAUUCCCAAACCACCGCGCAGCAUCGUACCGAAUAUGACCUUGACAAGGAGCAAUGGUCUAAACAAAUGAAGUUUCCUUCGAUGGAUUGUAUUAUGGAUCCCGAUAUUAGGCCAAUACGCUACACCUCAUUUGCGGGAAUCAAAAAAGCGGUUCGACGAUUUGUUACGAUUAAAAAACUGCUGGAGCGUCGUCCUGACUUCAGCAGCGCUGAGUUAAAAAAACUCUUUAUUCAACUCAAAAUCGCGUCAAAGGCAAAAGACCUUAAUACGGUUAAAACACUGCAGCGCAUUACCACCCAUGCUGAGGCGGUGCGAAUUUCCAAGGAAAUUAAAGCCCGCUUGAAUGAAGAAUUCGCGAAUAAGAGCUGGAAAGCCCUUAAAGGGCAGACGCUGGAGAAUUCAUACGAAAUUCUCGUGGAUUCCUUUGAUCUCGUCACCUGCUAUAUGGGGCAAAUGACUUCCGAUGACUGGCUGCAAAUAACCUACCGUUGUGAAUAUCGCGAACGCGAAGGAAAGGAGUUUGAUUGGGUGAAAAUGAUGGAAUAUCCGGUCUUUGAGGUGCGUCUUGGUGAUGGAGUCAGCUCGCCGAAUGCCUACCCUUUUAUUGUAGUGGGCGUCAUGCGCAAAGAUGGUACGCGAUACGGUCAAGAUGGACAAGAUGCGGCUUCCUUACGCAAACAAUUUGAUCGAAACAGGCGCUUCUUCUAAAAAAGUUCGUAAAAAAAUCCUAUCCCUUUAAUUAACCACACAUUUGUUUCUUUGCUGACUUUUUUUUAUCGACACUGCAAAAACAUUUACGGUCCAAUAACCCAUUUCUCUCAACAAA